GGAGAUGAGAAACUUAGCUCAGGGGGAUGUUGUGAAAAGUAAAUGAAAAUUAUGCUUUUAGAGUGUGUGGCACAUAGUAAUAGUUCAAUAAAUAUUAGGUUUUGUGGUUCUUAUUUCCUGAAAACAAAGCAAGCCUACUCAUCAGUGGCCGUUGAGGAAGAGGGCGUCUGUCGACGUUCUCAUAGUUUGGGGGAAGAAACAUCCUCCUUCCGAUGACUGAACUCUCCUCAUCUAUUCUCCAACCUUGCUUCUUCUUUGGGGCUCCCUCCUCCUGGACUGUGGCCAAGAUGAGCCAAGAGCAAUAUCUUGUCCUCCGUGAUGUUCCAACUCAGUCCAGGAACUGAAGCGGAAAGGGGCAGAAAGCGAGCGAGGGUGGUGUCAGGGCGACAGUCGUGCCCACUGUCAGCUGGGCGCAGCCACUUUAGUGCGAGGAGAAGCAGCGAGUCCAGGAGGCCCUCCGAAGUCCCCGCGAUGUCUGCCCGGGGGUGCAAACCUUCGCGGCUGCUGCUGCCCGCGCUCCUGCUGCUGCUGCUGUGGCUGCCGCGGCUGGCUGUGGACGCCGCGGGCGCUGCCGGCGCGCGGUGGAACGGAGAGGGGACCAGCCCGAACCUGCAGAGCAUCUUCCUCGGCCGCUGCAACGACUACAGGCCACUGCUGAGCCCCGAAGAGCAGAACAAGAACUGCACAGCCAUCUGGGAAGCCUUUAAACUGGUGCUGGAUAAGGAUCCCUGCUCUGUGCUUCCCUCGGACUAUGACCUUUUUAUCAGCCUCUCCAGGCACUCUCUUCCCAGAGACAAGUCUCUGUUCUGGGAAAAUAACCACCUCCUUGUCACCAGCUAUGCAGACAACACCCGUCGCUUUACACCUCUGUGUGAUGUCCUGUACGGCAGGGUUGGAGAUUUCUUGAGCUGGUGUCGACAGGAAAAUGCCUCCGGACUCGAUUACCAAUCCUGCCCUACGGCAGAAGAUUGUGAAAACAAUCCUGUGGAUUCUUACUGGAAAAGGGCAUCCAUCCAGUAUUCAAAGGAUAGUUCUGGGGUGAUCCAUGUCAUGCUGAAUGGUUCAGAGCCAACAGGAGCCUAUCCUAUUAAAGGUUUUUUUGCAGAUUUUGAAAUCCCUUACUUCCAGAAGGAUAAAAUCACACGAAUUGAGAUCUGGGUUAUGCAUGAAAUCGGGGGACCCAAUGUGGAAUCUUGUGGAGAAGGCAGUGUGAAAGUCCUGGAAGAGAGACUGGAGGAGAUGGGUUUUCAGUACAGCUGUAUAAAUGAUUACGUACCAGUGAAGCUCUUAAAGUGCGUGGACCACAGCACUCAUCCUGACUGUGCCUUAAAUUCGUCCAUCUCCUCCAGUAUGUCCUCAAUGCACAAACUUAUACAUGUUACCAGACACAGAUGGCAGCAGCAUCUACUCGAAGAGAAGUCCCAGCCCUUUACGCAGAACAAAGUGCCGGCCUUAUCGUUCUUCUCUUAGUGGCUUUGGCUUCAGUUGCUGGAGAGUAACUAGAGACUCAGCUCUGCUGCCCUAGCGAGCCCCAGCGCUGACACCUGCCCUCACACACUCAUCCCUCUUGUUCUGUGUGCACCAAGCAAUUCCAUUGUCUAAAGAAGCUUCCCACUGGGAAGACAAUGUCCUGAAAUGGGUUUUUAAUGAUACACAUGCUCAGGAUUUCAGAAAUAAGACAUUAGUUCUAUUUUACAGGUUAAAACUGCUGCAUUAGAAUUAAAGCACAUUAUUAUUUUCUUAUUUUCAUAAUGGUACAAAGCAUUGAAACCCAGAUUGUUUGUUAUACAAUCAAACAUUUUUAGAAAAUUCUAUAGAACUGUAUUUUAUAUAUUUUCUAAGUUUUUCUAUAUACCCAGCAGGGCACACUGCAUGCUUGUUGAUAGCUUAUGAUAUACGUACAUUAUAUAAAUGUAUGCCUAUAUAUUUGGUAGGCAAAGAUUGAUGUAUAAAGAUGUUCAUGGGGCCAGCCUGGUGGCGCAGUGGUUAAGUUUGCACAUUCUGCUUCGGUGGCCCCGGGUUUGCUGGUUCGGAUCCUGGGUGCGGACAUGGCACUGCUUGGCAAAAGCCAUGCUGUGGCAGGCGUCCCGUGUAUAAAGUGGAGGAAAAUGGGCACGGAGGUUAGCUCAGGGCCAGUCUUCCUGAGCAAAAAGAGAGGAUUGGCAGCAGAUGUUAGCUCAGGGCUAAUCUUCCUCAAAAAAAUAAAUAAUAAAAAUAAAUAAAUAAAUUUUAAAAAAAGAUGUUCAUUUAAUCGUUAUUUAUAACGCAGGGAGGAACCCAAAAUGUCUAAUAAUAGGAACUGUUUAAAUAUGGUUUGGUGUAUGUAUUCCAUCUGCAGGAUGGAAUAUCAUUCAAAUAGUAAAAGUCGUGUUUACCAAUCCAAAUGUCCUUCAGCUGAUGAAGGGAUGAACUAAUUGUGCUACAUCUAUAUGGUGGAAUACUACUCAGCAAUAAAAAGUAACCAGCUAUUGGCAUUGUGCUAAGUGGAAGAAGCUAGAUCAAAAGAUUACAUACUGUAUGAUCCUAUUUACAUGACAUUCUGGAAAAGGCAAAACUAUAGGAAUGGAGAACAGAUCAGUGAUUGCCAGAGGUUAAGACUAGACGGAGGGCUAAGUAAAAAGGAACUGUGUGGGGGGAAUUUGGGGGAAGUGACGAAACUGUUCCAUGUCAUGAAUCUACGUAUUUGUCAACACUCACGGAACUGAACAUCAACAGGAGCAAAUUUCACUGUGUGUAAAUGAAAUGUUUUCCAAGAAAGUUUAAUCACAAAGGAAAAUAUCAACAAUAAGUGCAAGAGAUGGGAUAUAAAACUGUUUAUCAUAUGAUCCAAUUGUCUAAAUAUGAUACAAAUGUAAUAUAUAUGUGUGUUUGUAUGAUAUACAUGUUGUGAAUGAAUGAAAGGAAAGGCAAUAAAUCAAAAGAAAGAUCAAUUAUCACUGGA